CGACGCGGGAGGAGCGGUCUCCGGGCGUCGCCGACGCGCACAUCGCGCGCUCCAUCGCGCGGAGCCGCUCGCUCGAGACGCCGCAGCGCGCGCGCGCAGGCACCGCAUCCCUCGCGAAGGCGCGCGGCAAGUUUCAGCCGAAUCUUCUAAUACCCUAAUACCCUAAUACCCUAAUAAAUCUGUUGUCGGCCGCGAAUCGAAACAUGCCCGCGGUGCGACGCGCGACGCGCGCGUCGACGCGCGAGAAGUCGUCCUCGAGCGAUAUAUCCAACGGCAGACACGACGAGGAAGUCAACGGCGUCGACGCGAGCUACCCCGCGCAGGCCGCGCGGAUUUCCUACAGGAUUUUCGAGCGCAGGAGGGCGUGGAGACUCGCCAUCAUACGGCCGUACGCGGCGGUGCAUCACACCGGUCUGUGGAUGGCGAUCCUCGUCGCGCUCGCCACGAUCCUCAAAAGCAGCGGCAUGGACGCGCAGGUCGGGUCGCCGCGCGAUCUUUGUCCGAAGUGGGCGGAAGCGAUCCCGAUCGGUGCCGUCGCCGCGGCGAUGGCAUCGGCGUACCUCACCGCGGUCGUCUUCAAGACGACGUGCCCGGCGACGUACGAGAACAGCUACGAGAUCGUGUGCGAAGUUUUGAGCUGGAUUGGCGCAGCCGCGCGGCACUACGCGCUGCUGCGAGGGAUCACGGUGUGGAGGCCGCUCCGGCCGCUCACGAUGGCGACGGGCAUCGUGUCGCUGCGAUACGAGUUUUCGAAGCAGGCGGGGUGGUUCUUGGCGAGGUGCGUCGCGGACGCGGGCGGUCACGCGGGCAGGCGGUAUCUCGAGGGCGCGCACGGCGGCGAUUACGCGCGGUGUUUCGCGGCGGAGAUCCCGAUGUGUCUCGUCAAGAUCGCGUUCGGGCUGUCGUUGCACUGGGGCUUGGAGCGACGGGACCGCGCGCGGUUUUUGGAGGCGCACGCCGACGAAGACGCGAGGCAUCUCUCGGCGUUGCCGCCGCGACGGAGACGGUCGUACUCCGAGGGGGAGGGGCGCGGGUCGGGCUUCGCGGGCGGGGAGUCGGGCUUCGCGCGCGGGACCGGCGUCGCGAUCGUCGCCGCCGUCGGAUUUUACGCGUUCGAGCACAUGUGCCUCGGCUGUUAGACUACACGCAGGCUUCAGACGGGAGCAUCUUAAGGAUAGACAAAAAAAUAUUU